UUUUUUUUUUCUUACUAAUUCUCUAUUUUUUUUUCUCUCUCUACUUGUUUUAUAGCUAGACUUUAUCAAAUAUGUCGACUGAUCCCUCAAAAUAUAUCUUCAACCACACAAUGAUCCGUAUUAAGGAUCCCAAGGCUUCUCUUGACUUUUAUGAAAAAGUGCUAGGCAUGAAACAAAUCAACCGAAUGGAUAUGGAAAGUGGCAAGUUUACUUUAUAUUUCUUAGCCUACGUAGAUUCUGUCCCUGAAUCUCAAGAAGAAAAAAAGAAAUUGGCCUUUACCACUCCUGGUGUUCUUGAAUUGACUCAUAAUUGGGGAACUGAAAAUGAAGCCGAUUUUAGUUAUGCAAAUGGAAAUAAAGAACCUGGUCGUGGUUUUGGUCAUAUUGCCAUUGUAGUGGAUGAUAUUCAAGCUGCAUGUGAACGAUUUGAAAAACUCAAUGUCAAUUUUGUCAAGCGUUUGACGGAUGGAAAUAUGAAGAAUAUUGCAUUUAUCACUGAUCCUGAUGGUUAUUGGGUAGAGAUCAUCCAAAAUGCUACUCUCUCUGGUCAAGUUCCAGUUUAGUUUUAGUUUCUUGGAUUCUUCUUUAUUUAUUGUUAUGAUCAUUUGUAUAAUUAAAAAAAAAAAUUCUUCCCCAUCAAA